GCCCGCCCUGACGGGCGGGCCCCGCCUCCCGCGGGCGCAGCGAGGGACGGGGAGACGGCGGCUGAGGCGGCGCCGAGCGUGGAGCGGAGCCGGAGCCGUUCUUCUGCCCACUUGUAAGUGCAACUGGUAUGGGUAAUGGUGUGAGAGAAGGUCAAGUGGAUUUCAGACGGCAGGAUGUGGAUCCAGUUACAUCACCCCAUCUCCCAUCAGAGGAUAGCCAGGAGAAAAAGAAAGUGCUCAACUCCCUGAUGUCUGGUGCAUUGGCUGGUGCUGUUGCGAAAACUGCAGUAGCUCCACUGGAUAGGACAAAAAUCAUGUUUCAAGUGUCUUCAAAAAGAUUUUCUGCCAAGGAAGCCUACAGGCUGAUUUAUCGCACCUACCUCAAUGAAGGCUUCUGGAGUCUCUGGCGGGGGAACUCAGCCACCAUGGUCCGUGUGAUCCCUUACGCUGCCAUCCAGUUCUGUGCGCACGAAGAGUACAAGCAACUCCUGGGGAGUUACUACGGCUUCCAGGGAAAAGCGCUGACACCCUUUCCUCGAUUCAUUGCUGGCUCUCUGGCAGGCACAACGGCUGCCAUGUUAACCUACCCCUUGGAUAUGGUCCGUGCUCGAAUGGCUGUCACGCCGAAGGAGAUGUACAGCAAUAUCGUUCAUGUCUUCAUCCGAAUAUCCCGAGAGGAAGGAUUGAAGACGUUGUAUAGAGGAUUUACACCUACUAUCCUUGGAGUGAUUCCGUAUGCUGGGCUUAGCUUCUUCACCUAUGAGACACUGAAGAAAUUACAUGCAGAUCACAGUGGGAAAUUACAGCCAUCCCCUCCAGAGCGGCUUUUGUUUGGUGCCUGUGCAGGCUUGAUUGGCCAGUCAGCUUCUUACCCCCUGGAUGUGGUUCGCCGACGAAUGCAGACGGCGGGGGUUAUGGGACACACGUACAGUUCCAUCCUUCUCACCAUGCAGGAGAUUAUAAGAGAAGAGGGACUAAUCCGUGGCUUGUACAAAGGACUCAGCAUGAACUGGGUCAAAGGUCCAAUUGCAGUGGGAAUAAGCUUCACAACCUUUGACCUGACGCAGAUCCUUCUCCGUAAAUUACAGCACAGCACUAAUGUUGAAAGGUAGUAGCUUAAUCCCCACAGCCCUUGCUGGGGAAAAGUAUAACAUGUGUAGAAAGAGCAAUGCUAGUGUUCCCUCACUUUGUACAUGCUCUCCUGCAGCUGAGAACUUACCUUUAUUGUUUGUUUGUUUGUUUUUUCUGUUGUUGGAUUUUUGUUCUUUUUAAUGAGCCUUUGAGUUAUUUGGAAACCUCAACCUGAAACUAUUUCCUAAACAAAAUUCUUCUUGCGAUUCUGCAGAACUGAGUCCUCUAAAGUAGCUGCCUCACCUUUCUGUAUUACUCUUUGAUACCAGGAGUGGAGCCUCUCAAACAAACAUGUGCUGCUGCUGGCUCCUCACCUGGUCUCUGUGGGCAGAUGAAGCAGUAGAUGAUGAAAGAGAGGACUUGGUGCUGCUGGAAUGAACCCCUGGAUCUGGGAAGUGACUGCUGCUCCUGGUAGGCAGUUUUUAGUUACUGAACAUGUGUUAGCUGGAGGCAGUCUGCCAAGUGCAAUAUUCCAGUUAGUCUGUAGGGAAUUCCAGAUUCCUCUGACCUAUGAGCAUCGGUCUCCUUAAAACAGGACGCAGCAGGAUUUAACAGGUCCAGGUCACUUCAUUUGUUCUGGAAGUUGAAUGUGAGCUCCAGCUGGAAAUGCUGCCCUUUUUCAAAUGUUCUUCUCAUUUCUGGGUUGAGUUACGUAAAAUAUCCCUUGCUUGCAAUGUCCCUCUGAGAUUACCAAAGACUGUAGACAGCAGAGGAGGAAAGUUCUGAGCGGUUUUGUAAAUCAAAUUCUCAUGUUUGUCGUCAGUGUUGUUGAGUAGGGGCUGUGCCUGGAUUCACAAACUGGAUUGAAUGGAACUGCAGUAGUGCUUUUGGGCUACCCAAACCCUUCCGUUGUUGUCAUGGUCUUAAAGGCAGUGUUUUCUGAGGGAUUUGGCAGACUGUAGCGUUGUCGUGGUUUAACUCCUCAGAUUUUAAGUAUGUAACUUUUCUAGUGCAUUAAGCAGUUUUAUCCUUCAGUAUUAUUGUUGCCGCUUUAUGCACGAUGCAAGAACAAACAUCUCAGAUGCACGUGUGAUGCAGACUUAGCUAUCCUGAAAGGCUGGUCGUGUCUGGUGAAUGCAGCCUAGUAGUUGACUCAAGCUGCUGGCCCUGCUUCUGAACAACUUUGUUGUCUUCUGGCGCCUGCUGUGUAGGUUGUCACCUCAGUUCACCAGUCCACACCUAAGCCCACUUGCUUUUAUUCACAGACUUCUUCUGGACCAACCAAGUGCUUGGGAGAAUGGGCACCACAGCCAGUAUUGACCCUUCAGAAAUUACAUAUAGUGCCAAUCAUUUCCAGUUGCAAUUUGAAAACGAAUGGUAAAUGGUAGCUUUUGGUGUUUCUAUUUCAAAUUAGUUUUCAGGGGAGUGGAGAUUUGGAGGUGGUUUUGUUUUAUGUUCCAUUCCCAUAUUAAAUUUGGAGUGCAAGAGAGGUCGGAACAAUCUUUAGACUUCUCUGAGAAUCAGGUUACAUAAACCAAGAUUAAAAAUCCCUUUUCAGCCAAUAGAGUCUGUAAUGUAUAGAAGAAAAAUAAGGCAUAAUUUAAAAGCUGUCCUUUUCCGGUGUAUGUAUUUUAGCCAUUGUAUUUUGAGCCUUGUGUCAUGGCUUUAUUAAUGGGAAUGGAGGUAAUUGCACAAUUGGUAGAAAUAGCUUUCUCCUUUCUUUUGUCUUUGCACUUGUUCUUUGGAGCGUAACUUGCUUCUAAUGCCAAAUAUUUCCCUAGCAAUUGAGCACCUACACUUCCAUUUUGUGGACAUGGCAGAGAGCCAGCAUACUGAAGUAUUAGUUUGCGUGUUGUUCCCAGAACACAUGGGAUUGAUCACACUUUAAUGCUUGUGGAUGCGCAGGGUAUUAACCUCAGUAGUUUCUGCCUCCAAGCCCACAAAUGAUAAUUUCCGUUGUGAAACUUAACUGCAGUCACUGAUUUACCUUGUAAUUAAAGAGAUGUUAGGUGGUGGUGUUUUAAGAGUCUUUAGCAAUGAUAGCCAUGAAUUCUGUAUAUUUUUUGCUCCCAUUGCUAAUGGAAGAUGAUUAGAUGUUCUCUUCAUUUGGGUGAAAUUUUGUUUAGUCGUUUGCAAGAGCUCUGAUUUCUUUUCUCCAAUGGAGAAGCCAAUUACUUCUGCUCUUGUCUUUGUCUUCUCUGGCCCAGUGAGGAAAUACUGAGGCAAUUGCAUCCUACCACAAAAGUGAGGUACAGACCAGCAACUAGGUGUGUCAGCAGCUGACUGUGCGUACGUGCGUGUCUGUGCGUCUGGCUGUGUGGACAAUCCAUGCCAAGUUCUCUCUCAGCUUGGAGGCUGCCGGUUCAAAGCACAGUCCUUUCUGCACAGCCAAUGAGCGCUACGUGAAGACGAGAGGAACCUGAACUGUGGCAUCCAGGUUUAGAGCAGGCUCCUUCACUCCACAGUACAGUAGGUCAUCUCAGAGGCAAGUGCAGCAGACCCUGUCGUAUGAGAUGUUGAGCAUCAUUGAACCCCUGUGGCAACAGAGGUGGCUUAAUUCCUCCUGGGUCCUGACCGAGAAAGGAUUUACACUGGAUGACUAGCCUCUUGUUUGGGACUGAAUGGGAGGGCAGAUCUGCACAGGCAACCUUCUGCCACAUCAGGAGUGCAGCUAGGAUAUUAAACAACUGGGAAGCCUGCAAAGGAGGCAGCUUCUGGCUGGCUGACCCUGGCAUCGUCCUCCUUGCAGGCGAAGUGCUGUGCAGGCAGCUCAUCUGGAGCCUGGGGAUUCUGAGCUGAAAAACAAGACCUGAAGCACAGCCAGACUUGGAAGCAUUGGGCUCAGAGAAGUUGUUCCUUAAUUAGCAGCUGCACCUGAUCUUAAUUCAGUGGAAUUUUGGCCAAAUGUGUUUUUCUAAGUUUUGCAGGCUGAGUGUUUGUUCAGAGACAGAUCUUUGAAUCCAGUCUGUAAUGGUUUUGGUGCUUUUGUUUCUUGGGUAAAAGUGUUACUGCUAUGGGUUGUUUUAAAUAGGUGGUGUUUUGGUUUUUGUUUUUUUGUUGUUUUUUUUUUUUCCUUCUCUGAUUUGAAUGUAGAAAAGGAGAAACAGAGUGUUCUCUUCCCUUCUCUUAAUCCUUGCAUGAAUUGAGAUGUGUUCCAGAUCUCUCUGCUGCCUGGAAUGAGUGCCUGAGGAGUUUUAGGCAUGCUGAUUUGGGAGGGGAGGGUGCUGGUGUGCUGGCCAAGAAGGUCCAUUGCCUUUAGCUCUGAGAAAGGAGACAAGUCUAACAGGAAUAUUCUGUAGUCCUUCUUUUAUUUAGAACUUCUUCACUACUGCAAAUUCUCCAAUUUUUAAUUUUAUUCUUACCAAGUUCCUUGCUUUUAUUUUCAAGUCAGGUUUCUCAUUGUUCCUUAAUGCGCUACUGCCAAACAUUCAAUUGUGCUUUUUUUUCUCACGUACUCUCCUUCCCUCCUUGUCUCUGCACCUUUAGUCCUGCACUAGCACUUCAAGAAAAUCAGGUCCAAUGAAAUGCAUCCAAAAUGACAAAAUUGCCACUUCAAUAGCAAUGCCCAAACAGCCCAACUAGGCUUCCCACUUACAGGCGGGGAUGCUUUGGGCGGGGGCCAAGAAGUUAAAGGCACUAGGUGAUGGGGCAGAAUGUUUUCUUGGAAGGUUCUUAAACUACUUGUCCAGCCUAGCGCCUUCACUUCUCCUAGCACCUUCCCUUUACAAGCUGUGAAAUGCUGCUGCUGCUUGUCCUUUCUUCUUUGGGUACCUCCAUGUGAUGCCCGCUUGCUCUGUGGAAGGGGCUGCUUGCUGGGUCGGUGGCUCGGGGAGAGCUUGUCCUUCUGGGAGGCUCAGAGGGUCAGUUCGGGAACUUGAAUAUGUGAGAGGUGGGACCUGAGCUGGCUCCUUGCAAACCCCUUGGCCCUGCGUGGCCUGUGCAGACCUCUGCUGCUUCCCCAGGAAGGCAGAGCUGCUGAAGAGCCGGCUGGGGGUUGGCAGGAUGGUGGUGGAAGGAUCAGGAGAGGAGUCACAGCCUCCCGAGGCAUGAAGUCACUGAAAGCCCACGGGGUGGGUAGUGUGGUGUGGCACUGGUACUCUGUGGGAGCUCUCCAAAAGCAGUUUCACACCUUCUGUGGGAAAUUAGUGGUACUUCUGUUAACUUCGUAUUGCCUUCCUCCUGGAAGGAUUCGAGCACUGUCAUCUUCACCCUCUGGUGUCUUUAACACAAAAGCAGAUGAGGCACAAAAGGAAACUUUGAGCAGAGGCACUGUGGCAACCCCGAGCAAGUCUGGUGCCAGUCCUGGGCGGGCAGGAGGAGGACGGAAUGCGGUGGGAUAUUUCCCAUGCCGUUUCCCCAGUGCCUGACUGGGGCUCUGCAGUAUGUGACAGACCCUCCCCACCCGGACUGGGCCAGAGGAGGAGGUGGCCUUCCUACAAAACAGCCUUUUCUUUUUUUUGUUUUUAUUGUAGGGGCUGAUUCCUCCCGCUACCCCUGUCUCCCCCUUAAAUGCCAUGUGAUGCAGGGUUUCCCAGCACUGUUCACUGCCUGUGUGGUCUAUGCAUAUAUUAGCACAAACACUGUUAAAUGCCUUUUGUCAAGACUUGUCCUCACCAUCAAUGUGUGCGUGUAUGUGUGUGUGUCAAUUUUGACUGCUUUUCUUGGAUCUGGAGUUCUAUUUUAUUGCAGUGAAGACACUUUGUUAUAUAAUGUUUAUAUAUUUUAAGAUUUGUGCCAAGAGAGGAUGUAUAUUUAAUAAAAAAUAUAAUUGA